UUGUGUGUGGGGGUAUGUGUGGUGGUGGGGGAACCAGCUUGGUGCAUCUUUAAGCAAACACUGAUUGCUACAGCCUGAGCUUCACGGAGAUUCUUCUCUUUCUAAAAUUACCCUGAAGAGAAUUGUUGCUCAUUUUUCCCCUCUCGAAGCUCCCUGGCACUUUUAUAGAUACCAAAUUCUAUAACUCAUUUAUUUACUUUGCCGAAAUGAUUGGAGUUAAUAGUGUGCAGAGUACCAGCAAAGUCCGGGUGAGAGCCACAGGUUCAGUGAAAUAUCCACGAGAAGACCCCGUCUGGCGGCAAACCCACCGCUCAAAGUCUAUGAAAAUUUCCAACUCCACGGAGUUUUCUGCUAAGGAAGCCAAGGCUCUUUACAAUUCAAUCAAAAAUGAAAAGCUUGAGUGGGCAGUAGAUGAUGAAGAGAAGAAAAAAUCCCCUUCUGAUGGUACUGAUGAAAAGGAUAAUGGAAACCAGUCCAAGUCGGUCAGUCGCAUUGGCAAUUCCAAUAACCCUUUCCUGGACAUUCCUCAUGAUCCCAACGCAGCUGUGUACAAAACUGGAUUCCUGGCACGUAAAAUCCAUGCUGAUAUGGAUGGAAAGAAGACUCCACGAGGGAAGAGAGGAUGGAAAACCUUCUAUGCUGUCCUUAAAGGAACUGUGCUUUAUUUGCAAAAGGACGAAUACAAACCAGAGAAAGCUUUAUCGGAGGAUGACCUUAAAAAUGCCGUCAGUGUGCACCAUGCACUAGCAUCGAAGGCAACCGACUACGAGAAGAAGCCAAAUGUCCUGAAGCUGAAGACAGCUGACUGGAGAGUUUUGCUUUUUCAAGCUCAGAGCCCUGAAGAAAUGGAGUCUUGGAUCAAUAAGAUCAACUCUGUGGCAGCCGUUUUUUCUGCCCCACCAUUUCCAGCUGCUAUUGGAUCCCAGAAGAAAUUUAGCCGCCCUCUCUUACCUGCCUCCACCACCAAAUUAUCUCAGGAUGAUCAGCUAAAAUCUCACGAGAGCAAACUGAAGCAGAUCUCUACUGAACUAGCUGAGCAUCGUUCCUACCCACCUGAUAAGAAACUGAAAGGCAAGGAGGUGGAAGACUAUAAGUUGAAAGAUCAUUAUUUGGAAUUUGAGAAAACUCGCUAUGAAAUCUACGUGUCUCUGCUCAAAGGAGCAGGAAAGGAGUUGCUGAGUAGCAGUGAGAAUGAUGGCCCUGGACUGAAGAAAUGCCACUCCAGCCCCUCAUUAAAUCAGGAGUCUCCUGUUAGUGCCAAGGUGAAGCGUAACAUUUCUGAAAGGAAGGACUAUCGACCUGAAACUCCCAGCAUCAAGCAGAAGGUUACUUAAGGAAACUAAGGCAGGCUGGAGGAUCACAUACCAUUCUCUCUCUCUGAUAACCUGUCCUUUGCGAAACAAACAAAAAUUAACACAUCUGCCUGAAUGGGUGUUAGUGACAUUUUUCAGUUGUAAAUUUUGUUGUUUCUGUACAGGUUGUUGGAAAUGUUUUGGCUUCUAACUUGCAUUUGCCUAGUUAAGUUAUCAUAGAGCAAUUGAUCCAGUCCUCCUUUUUUAAAAAAUAAGAAAAGAAAUGGGGAAAAAUUGGAGUGGGAAGGGAGAGAUUUCAUGAUAUAUUUAUUUUGGUCUUCUUUUGUUGGCUUGUAAUUUUCACCUGAACUGCUGCUGUUCAGCAAUGGGGGAAUAGCAUGACAAAUGGAGGCUUACCAACUCAUUAAGCCUGGUCAAUGGAUAAGCUAAGGUGUAAAAGAGACUAGGUAAAAAUGUUCAUGUGUUGCCAAGCUCGGUAACAACUCACUGUGGAAGAUAUGCCAGUAACUAGACUAUUGAGUGAUCAGUCAUUGUGAUCUCUGAGUCCAAAUGUUGUAAGUAAUCAAGUUAGUAUUUUGGAUAUAGAAACAGAUGAAGACCUUUGGUGAAUAGAAAUGAUUCCAGCCGAAACAGGUCUUAUUUUUUCAUGUUCCUGAGUGGAAACAUUAUACCACUGACUUCUCUGUUUUAUCUGCACGUUGUGCUACCCUAAUGGUUCUCAACAGCAAAUAAUCAUAUAUUUGUUGUACUGAUAGCAGUAGUGUGUAAUGUUUAUGUUCCAUUGGCAUUAUGAUCCUCCUUCAGAUGUUUAAAUAUUUUCAGGCACUUUAUAAACUAGCUGUUAAAAAUCUGGUAUCAUUCCAGUCUAACAGGUCCUCUGUGCUAUACAAUUACCUACUGGAGAUGUUUGUCUGUCCUCACACCCAUAAUGUAUUUCCUGUUAUUUUUUUUUUUUUAAUGGCCCAAGAACUCUCUCAUCAUUACAGUUCCUAGAGUGGUCUCAUUUCCCUUGCAGAGGACAGCUUUACAUUUGACUCUUCCUGGGGAUGAAAAACACCCUGCAAUUCAGCCUAUGCAAACCAAAGAAAAAGGAAAUAACCAGAGCAAUGGAGGAUUAGGUUAUAAUCGAGGGCCAUGGAAAAAGGCAUCCUAGGGAAUAAGAAGUUUUGACAAUUGUUGAAAGGCAUCUCAUUAACCCUAGAACUGCCAGCUCAAAGAUAAGAACACGUGUUCUAGAAGGGCAUUAUUUUCUGGGCGGGGUUUGUGCGUUUCUUUGCCCACUUUUUGAGGAGGACACACUGUCUCAAAAGGACACAUUCCUUAGGCUCUGUCAGCCAGGGAGAUAAGAAAACAACAGGGUGACACAUGUUAAAGCUCUGAAUUAGGGUCCUAAAUUUAGAAUACUAAAUAAAAGCUGUCCAUAGACAGGACAUUCUUUAUAAGUGCAAUUAAGGUAUUGUUCUAUUUCAGGACUGGUAACUUUUUGGCACCAUAAAAAUUAAGUUCCCAGCAUCCUUCACUAUUAGACCCGCUACAUGCGUUAAAUAAGUUGAAUAUCAGAAGUUCAUUAAGAUAGAGCUCUCUUACCACCUGUACCUUCAUAGGAAAACUUCCUUCAUAUUUCAGUCAUGAUUGAUCAUUGUACAUCAUGAAGACUAAGUUGGUCUUUAAGGUACCUGAUAAAUUGCUAGUGCCUACCUAAAUGGAAAGACCCAAAAAGAGUAGCACAUCGUCCUCAAUCCAGUAUUUUUCAUCAGGAGUUCAGAAAAGCCAGCAAACUGCCUGUGCUGUUGAGAUGAAAGAAAUGGUAUAAAGUGAUGGGACUGAUUAGCAUAAUCUUUUUAAAAAGUGUGGGCGGUGGCCUUGUGUUAAUGCAGUGUAUGCUUUGGUACUAAUGGAGUACAGGAAAAAAUGAAGAGGCUGUGAAAAUGGGAAGAAGGCAUUGGUAAGGCUGGGGAGAGAUCCGUGUGAGAAAUCCCUUGAAAGAGAGAAAUCACUGUUUUUUCUCUACGCACGUGUGAAGCAGUGAUAUUAAGAUUCUGUAUGGCAUUUUCCAUAGCUGCAGCUAGGCUAAGCUGAAUUAUUCAACAGCCUUCUAGUUGCUUGGCUGUUAGCCUUGAUGGCUGUUUGUUGAGUGUUACUGAUGGUGUUUGCAAACCCUAGCACAGCAGGGUUUUUAGUUUUGUUUUGUGUUUUGGAAUGACUAUAGCAUAGUAGGAAUUAUCAGGUGGUGCAUGAUAUCCUCCCUCCGUCCAUUAAAAUACAGAGUUUGUGGUUGGAUUCACCCAUUGUACUAAGCUAUGCUUUGUUUUAACCACACUUGGUUGUAUGCACCGCAAUGGCUAGGUUCACCAAUAUACUGAGCCAAAGUCAAAUGAAACACACCAUGGCAUAAAACAAUGUGUGAACCCAUCUACACAGUGAUUGACUCAAUAUUUGUUCAUCCAAACAAGCCCUUUGGAAAGAUGAUCAAAGGGAAAAUGGUGGCUGCUCUUUCUUGCCCUUGGAGAUCAAUGAAUUUUGCAAGAUUUUGGAAUAGCUCAUGUGGUAGCCAGGCAACAGGCUAUAUGUACUCCAUCCAUCUAGUAGAGUCAGUGCCAAUUAGUUACAUGGACCUUCUGAUGACCUAGUAGGAGCUUGGUCAAGAUUGCAUACAAAGAUUAGAGAGGGUAUUAAAUUGUCCCCUUGAGCUCCAGGAGGAAAAGCAGGUUAUAAAGCUGACAGAUAAAUAAAUGUAGAAGAGCAUUCUCUCCAUCCUGCAAAACCUCUCCUCCCCAUUGAGAAUACUAGGUACUUUUCCAUUUGUGUGAAACUCUGGGUAGCUUCAUAGACUGGAUUUGGUCCAGAGACUACCCAGUCAGCUGGGAAGUAGGGAGGGUGAUUGUAGGAUAUGAGUCCUAGUAGUGUAGAAAGAAGAAACUGGCCACCUAGGUGGGUCUCUGUGCUCAAAGGCAGAGAGAUUGCAAUUUUCCCCAUGCACUUAAUGACAUGUCAGAACCAGCUGUCUGGGUCAUGUUUCCAUUUUCUUCUUCCCUGUCCCCUCCUCCUCUCACUUUCUGAGAAUCAAGCUCCAGUCAAGCCUGUUAGGCUUAAUGUUAAAAGUACGGUUCUUGAAAGAGGCUUGAUAACUGUAGGAAGCCUUCUGCUUUUUUACUGGAUUCUUUUGUGAUGCUUCCAGAAGGCUGAAACAAACCCCAAGAUGGCUAUUUAAGUCACACAAUUAAAAGCUGGAAUGGGCUUUAUAUGCACUCUUGUUCUCAAUGUGCACCCCCAUGAAUGUUGCCUUGGGUGAACAGCAGUGCAGCCAAUAAUUGAAAUGCUGCAGUUCAUGAAUGUAUUUCUGUCUAUUUUUUUUCAGAAGCAGGGGGGAAUUCUCAUUAUUUAUUACUUCCAAGGUGCCUGUGGUGGUGAUGGGCAGAGGGUAUGUUGUAAGUUGCCAAGAGUGCAGUCAGCUCCUUGGUUGCAUCGCUGAAAUGAGGCUCAAGCAGGCUUUGGCUUCACUACAACCUUGUCCCCAAGGUAGCUCUGUAGUUUUCCUCAAAGGAGUACGUCUGCUUUUACCUUACAUUUACUUAUACAGCAUAACAUCAGCGAUUGCAUUUGUGAACCUGUCUCGGGUAAACAUGAAGCUGCCUUCCUGAUCCCUGUUGAUGUGAUAACUUUAGUCAUCGAUGAUUAGCUUCUCCUAUAUAACCCCAUCUACCACGGGGCUAUACUAUGAAUCAGCUUUUACAUGUAAAGCUAUUUCUUUUCUGCUCACUUGAAAACGAAACUGUAGUUACACUUACCUUGCAUGGAAGAUAAGGGUGCAUUGCUGAUGUGGAUAUAAACAUCCAGGCAAGAGCACACAUCAAAAUAGCUGCCCAUGCUUUGGGUGAAAUGUGUAUACUGAUAGGUACAAUUGCAACUAGGUCUGUUGUAAUUAAGAGGUUUUGGCUGGCAUUGGAUUAGGGCUAGGUACUUACAUUAACUUAUGCUAUAUUUCUAUUUUGGUAUUUGCAAGCAGUGUUUGUUUUCGGUAAGAAUUAUAUAUUGGCAUUCAAAUUAUGUAUAUAAUCUUUAAGAUCAUGCCAUGUUUGUCAGGAUCCAUGGCAAGAAAGUCCUAUAUAAGUAUAUUUUACUGGUCUCUGGUUAUAUUUUUAUAUUUCAAAAGUUUUCCUAAUGUUACUUCACUUUGCCAUUGAUACUUAUUGCAAAAGAGCCAAAUCUCUUAUGACCUGAUGGCAUUUUUUUUGACAUCCUAGGGAUCACUCUUUCAGUCUCUGGGGUUUUGAAACUUGGGUGGAUAAGUGUGGAUGGUUGUACAUGAACUGAAAGUUACUCAUGAAAUCCUGCAGCUCAUUUCAGCAGUUACAAUACCCACAGGAAUAUGCUUCCAGUCUAAAUCCCUUGAUACUUAAAUUAUUGCUGUGUCUGGAAGCAGCUAUAAGCAGCUUUUCAGAACACAGCUCCCCUCUGUCUCCCCUCACCCCACUCCCACUGUGUCCCUGUUAUCCCAAUUAUUUUUAUUUUUCAUAAUAUACAAAUUAAGAGACGAAAGAAAAAAAGAUUACAGUGA